AUGGCACCCCAUGCCGAACAGGAUGAGUCCACCCACGGCAUCACUCGCCUUCCACCACCAGAACGUCCAGCCUUUUCUACCUCGCCUCCACGUCUACUAAUCAUUGGCGCUGGGAACCGUGGCAAAGCCUAUGCCGAGGCUGUUAAGAAUUCGAGUAAUGGCGUCAUCGUCGGCGUCAUAGAGCCUAUCGCACUAAAGAGACGGCAUCUCGGUCGCAAAUACAUCUGGGGUGCACGGGAGCCUGUUCCCGGGGAAGAGUUCAGCGACUGGCCAGAGUUCGUUCAAUGGGAACUUAGCCGACGGCAAGCAGUCGCUUCUGGGACCACAGAUGUCCCUGAGGGUGUUGAUGCAGUCUUCAUUUGCGUCCAAGAUGGCAUGCAUAAAGAUGUUGUCCUUGGUCUUGCACCGCUGAAACUACACAUCAUGUGCGAGAAGCCUCUAGCGCCUAAUCUGGAGGAUUGUAUGGCUAUCUAUAAGAGCCUUUCGCCCGAUGCCUCCGGAUCCUCAGAAAAGCUGUUCGCUAUCGGCCAUGUCCUUCGUUACAGUCCUCACAACAUGAUGAUGAGGAAGCUUCUACUUGAGGACAAGGUCAUCGGAGACAUCAUGGCUGUUAAUCACACAGAGCCAGUGGGCUGGUAUCACUUUACACACAGUUACGUCAGAGGAAAUUGGCGCAAUGAAAAGGCGGCAGCUCCAUCACUCCUUGCCAAAUCGUGCCACGACAUAGAUAUCCUCUACUGGAUUUUGGCAGCCCCGCCUCCCGGCUCUAACAAGCCAACCCAUGUGCCCAAAGACAUAAGCUCUUCUGGAUCCCUCCAAUAUUUCAGAAAAGAGAGAAAGCCUGUCGAAGCUGGAAAUGCCACCAAUUGCUUGUCAUGUGCCUAUGAGCCAUCGUGCCAGUUUUCGGCGAAGCGAAUUUACACAGGAGCUGAUCUCAAGAGUCAGCAACAAGAGCACUUUUGCACGGUCGUCGCACCCGAAAUUGAAGACUGUAUUCCAAAUGGUGGGCCAGAAGCAGCUAAGAAGACUGUUCUCUCCAAACUUGCUGAAGAUUACUCAGAAGACACCCCAGCAGAUGAGGUUAGCAAGAGAAAUACCUUUGGACGUUGUGUGUACGAAUGUGACAACGAUGUCUGCGACAAUCAAGUUGUAACACUUUCUUGGGACGCCGACCCGAUCGCAGCUCCCGGCGAAACACCUCUGCAAGCUCUUAGUGGCAGAGGUAGCAAGACAGCUACAUUGCAUAUGGUUGCGUUCACAGAAAAGAUCUGUACCCGGUUCACGUACAUUUACGGUGUUCACGGAGAGAUGUACGCCGACAGCUCCUCAAUUACAGUGACAGACUUCAGGACGUGCAAGAAGACGGUUCACUACCCACACAUUCCCGAGGGCGGUGGCCAUGGUGAUGGAGACGAAGGAUUGACGAGGCAAUUCGUGCUGGCUGUUGAUCGGGUAAAGAACCAUGUACCUAUGGAUUUAUGUUGCCGCAACACGCUUUAUUACUUACUUGAUCCGAAUUCCCAUGCCAAGCUCAACUUCACCGAGUUCUUCAACGGUGUAAAUCCCUCUACUCUAGAGAAGAACCCCCCAGUUCCAGUUUCGACUCGAGAAGAUGUAGACAGGGCUGUCCAGGCGGCUAAGAAGGCCUCUGAAGCCUGGGCUGAGGUCCCGUACAAAGAGCGACAGGCCUUAGUGGCCAAAUUUGCGGAUAGCAUUGACUUGAUCAAGGAAGAUCUUGCCGUUCUGUUAACCAAGGAACAAGGAAAGCCUACUAUCAUGGUAAUCUUUCAAAACAGGCUAUUCACUCCCUAUUGUGACUUGAAGCUCGCUGAGCUGGCUCUCAAGUACUUCCUCGCAGGCGUUGUUCAAGCACUGAGCGGCAAUGAUGACCUGGGCCCGUGGCUCACCGCGCAUCCUGGCGUUGACAAAAUCAGCUUUACAGGGUCUAGAGCAACUGGAAAGAAGGUCCUGCAGAGCGCUGCUGGCAAUCUUAAGCGUGUGACACUCAAAUUGGGAGGUAAUGAUCCGGCCAUUGUCUGCAGUGAUGUCAAUGUCAAAGAAGUUGCCCCAAAGCGUAUCUAUGUCCACGAGUCCAUCUACCAUGAUGUAUUGGAAACAUUGGCUUCAACGGUUAAGAGCCUUCCUGUUGGUGAUGGUCUGGAGAGUACCACCGUUAUGGGUCCUGUCCAGAACCACCUGCAGUUCGGUAGGGUGAAGAGCUUACUCGCAGAUAUUCAAUCCCAUGGCCUCAAGCUCGUAGCAGGAUCAAUCAGUCCGUCAGAUGCGGGAAAGGGGUACUUCAUCACUCCUACGGUUGUCGACAACCCUCCAGAUGCCUCCAGGAUUGUAGUCGAGGAGCCAUUUGGCCCUGUCUUUCCUAUUCUGAAGUGGAAGGACGAGGAUGAGGUCCUUAGACGCGCCAAUGGUAACCCCAUGCCUCGGUUUGGACCCCAGACUUGGAGAAGGCAGAGAGGCUAG